GGAGGAGGAGAAGGAGAAGGAGGCGGAGGCGGAGGGAGGAGGAAGCCCCGUCGCGGCCUCCGCCGCCGCCAACGGGGCUGUCCCUGUACCUCCCGAUGGAGUUUGAGGCCGUGAAGCCGCCGCCGAGCUCUGCCCCGGCGAGACGAGGCGCCUCCGUCGCCGAGCCGCGCGGUCGCGGGGCUCCCGGGAGCGGCCCUUAGCGACCCCGCCCGGUCCCCCUCAGCUUACAAAACACUACCCAGCAAAAUAAUGAUCUGCUAGACUGCUAACCCGAGCAUCCAGCUUCCACAAUGCCUGUGCAGGCAGCUCAAUGGACAGAAUUUCUGUCCUGUCCAAUCUGCUAUAAUGAAUUUGAUGAGAAUGUGCACAAACCCAUCAGUUUAGGUUGUUCACACACUGUUUGCAAGACCUGCUUGAAUAAACUUCACCGAAAAGCUUGUCCUUUUGAUCAGACUGCCAUCAACACAGACAUUGAUGUGCUUCCUGUCAACUUCGCACUUCUCCAGUUAGUUGGAGCCCAGGUACCAGAUCAUCAAUCAGUAAAGUUAAGUAAUUUAGGUGAGAACAAACACUAUGAGGUUGCAAAGAAAUGUGUUGAGGAUUUGGCACUCUACUUAAAACCACUAAGUGGAGGUAAAGGUGUAGCUAGUUUGAACCAGAGUGCACUGAGCCGUCCAAUGCAAAGGAAACUGGUGACACUUGUAAACUGUCAACUGGUGGAGGAAGAAGGUCGUGUAAGAGCCAUACGAGCAGCCCGUUCACUUGGAGAAAGAACUGUAACGGAACUAAUAUUACAGCACCAGAACCCUCAGCAAUUGUCUGCCAACUUAUGGGCUGCUGUCAGGGCUCGAGGAUGCCAGUUUCUAGGGCCAGCUAUGCAAGAAGAGGCCUUGAAGCUGGUGUUGCUGGCAUUAGAAGAUGGUUCUGCUCUCUCAAGGAAAGUUCUGGUACUUUUUGUUGUGCAAAGACUAGAACCAAGAUUUCCUCAGGCAUCAAAAACAAGUAUUGGUCAUGUUGUGCAACUACUGUAUCGAGCUUCUUGUUUUAAGGUUACCAAAAGGGAUGAAGACUCUUCCCUGAUGCAGCUAAAGGAGGAAUUUCGGAGUUAUGAGGCUUUACGCAGAGAACAUGAUGCCCAAAUUGUUCAUAUUGCUAUGGAAGCAGGACUCCGUAUUUCACCUGAGCAGUGGUCUUCACUUCUAUAUGGUGACUUGGCGCAUAAAUCACACAUGCAGUCUAUCAUUGAUAAGCUGCAGUCUCCAGAAUCAUUUGCAAAGAGUGUUCAGGAAUUGACAAUUGUUUUGCAACGAACAGGUGACCCAGCUAACUUAAAUAGACUGAGGCCUCAUUUAGAGCUUCUUGCAAACAUAGACCCUAAUCCAGAUGCUGUUUCACCAACUUGGGAGCAGCUAGAAAAUGCAAUGGUAGCUGUUAAAACAGUGGUUCAUGGCCUUGUGGACUUCAUACAAAAUUAUAGUAGAAAAGGCCAUGAGACACCUCAGCCUCAGCCAAACAGCAAAUAUAAGACUAGCAUGUGCCGAGAUUUGCGACAGCAAGGAGGGUGUCCACGAGGAACAAAUUGUACUUUUGCCCAUUCUCAGGAAGAGCUUGAAAAGUAUCGAUUAAGGAACAAAAAGAUCAAUGCAACAGUAAGAACGUUUCCUCUUCUAAAUAAAGUUGGUGUAAACAACACUGUCACAACCACAGCCGGAAAUGUCAUUUCUGUCAUAGGAAGUACUGAAACAACGGGGAAAAUUGUUCCAAGUACAAACGGAAUUUCAAAUGCAGAAAACAGUGUUUCCCAGCUAAUUCCACGUAGUGCUGACAGUACAUUAAGAGCUCUGGAGACUGUGAAGAAAGUGGGGAAGGUUGGCACUAAUGGUCAGAAUGCUGCUGGGCCUUCUGCAGAGUCUGUAUCUGAAAAUAAAAUUGGUUCUCCACCCAAGACUCCUGUAAGUAAUAUAGCGGCUACCUCAGCUGGGCCCACUAAUGUUGGAACAGAGCUGAAUUCUGUGCCUCCAAAAUCCAGCCCAUUUAUAACUAGAGUACCAGUAUAUCCUCAGCAUUCUGAAAACAUUCAGUAUUUUCAAGAUCCAAGGACUCAGAUACCCUUUGAAGUCCCACAGUACCCACAGACAGGAUACUACCCACCACCUCCAACAGUACCAGCUGGUGUGGCUCCCUGUGUUCCUCGCUUUGUGAGGUCCAAUAAUGUUCCAGAGUCCUCCCUCCCACCUGCUUCCAUGCCAUAUGCUGAUCAUUACAGUACAUUUUCGCCUCGAGAUCGAAUGAAUUCUUCUCCUUACCAACCUCCUCCUCCGCAGCCGUAUGGACCAGUUCCUCCAGUACCUUCUGGAAUGUAUGCUCCUGUGUACGACAGCAGGCGCAUCUGGCGCCCACCUAUGUACCAACGAGAUGACAUUAUUAGAAGCAAUUCUUUACCUCCAAUGGAUGUGAUGCACUCGUCUGUGUAUCAGACGUCUUUGCGGGAAAGAUAUAACUCAUUAGAUGGGUAUUAUUCAGUGGCUUGUCAGCCACCAAGUGAGCCAAGGACAACUGUGCCUUUACCAAGGGAACCUUGUGGUCAUUUGAAGACCAGUUGCGAGGAGCAGAUAAGAAGAAAGCCAGAGCAGUGGGCACAGUACCACACUCAGAAAGCACCUCUUGUCUCUUCAACUCUUCCUGUGGCAACACAGUCACCAACGCCACCUUCUCCUCUAUUCAGUGUAGACUUUCGCACUGAUUUCUCUGAAAGUGUGAGUGGCACAAAAUUUGAAGAAGAUCAUCUUUCCCAUUAUUCCCCCUGGUCUUGUGGCACCAUAGGUUCCUGUAUAAAUGCUAUCGAUUCAGAGCCCAGAGAUGUAAUUGCUAAUUCAAAUGCUGUGUUAAUGGACCUGGACAGUGGAGAUGUUAAGAGAAGAGUGCAUUUAUUUGAAACUCAGAGAAGGACAAAAGAAGAAGAUCCAAUAAUUCCUUUUAGUGAUGGACCUAUCAUCUCAAAAUGGGGUGCAAUUUCUAGAUCUUCCCGUACAGGUUACCAUACCACGGAUCCUGUCCAGGCCACUGCUUCCCAAGGAAGUGCUACUAAGCCUAUCAGCGUAUCAGAUUAUGUCCCUUAUGUCAAUGCUGUUGAUUCAAGAUGGAGUUCAUAUGGUAAUGAAGCUACAUCAUCAGCACAUUAUAUUGAACGGGACAGAUUCAUUGUUACCGAUUUAUCUGGUCAUAGAAAGCAUUCCAGUACUGGAGACCUUUUGAGCAUUGAACUUCAGCAGGCCAAGAGUAACUCGUUGCUUCUUCAGAGGGAGGCCAAUGCUCUGGCCAUGCAACAGAAGUGGAAUUCCCUGGACGAAGGCCGUCACCUUACCUUAAAUCUUCUAAGCAAGGAAAUUGAACUGAGAAAUGGAGAGAGUGAUUAUACAGAAGAUGCAGCCGAUACUAAGCCUGAUAGGGAUAUAGAGUUAGAGCUUUCAGCACUUGAUACUGAUGAACCUGAUGGACAAGGUGAACAGAUUGAAGAGAUCCUGGACAUACAGCUUGGUAUCAGUUCUCAAAAUGAUCAGUUACUGAAUGGAACAGGAGUAGAAAAUGGGCAUCCAGUCCAGCAACACCAAAAGGAGCCCCUGGAGCAGAAGAGACAGAGUUUAGGUGAAGACCAUGUGAUUCUGGAGGAGCAAAAAGCAAUUCUGCCGGUAACUUCUUGCUUUAGUCAGCCACUCCCAGUGUCCAUUAGCAAUGCGAGUUGCCUCCCUCUUGCCACAUCUGUCAGUGUUGGCAACCUCAUUCUGAAAACUCAUGUUAUGUCUGAAGAUAAAAACGACUUCUUGAAACCUGUUGCAAAUGGGAAGAUGGUUAACAGCUGAAAAGAGGUUCAUCUUUCAAAUCUGUGACCAUACCAUGGAAGCAUUUACACUAGCUUUUUAUAUAUAUAAUAUAUAUUAUAUAAUGUAUAUUUUUUUUAAAAAAAAGAUAUUACUGGGGGCAUCCAUUUCCUGUGGACUCUUUGAUACUUCAAGCCCUCUUGCAUUAGCAUUAUGAAAAAAAAAAGAAAAUUUACUUUACUAGGGUAACACGUUCACUUUCCAGAAGUGAUUGGAAUUUGGACAUUUAACUUAAGCUUCAAGCAGCUUUUUAUGAGUUUGUAGCAAUCCGGUGCAGUAACUGAGCCAUUUCCUAUUUUAAAUGGCUUCUAUAGAAAAUUAACAACUCAGUUAUUAAACUAGCAGGAUCCUACAAUGAUACAUCUAGUGAAAGUAGACUUAAUUAACUUAUUUAUUUCUAUUUUAUGUUUCACUGAGAGAAAUUUCCAUCUCAUUCCAGCUGCUUUAUUUAUCUUUUUCAUGGGACUUUGCAUGGAUUUUUUUUUCUCUUUUUUUUUUUUUUUUUAAAUUUUGAAGAGUGGAGUUAGAUGUUCUUACCAUAGAAUUUUACAGGGUUAUAUACUAGCUUUCUUUACUGCAUUAUAUGUAGGAGUGUGGUGCAGUGCUUUUAUCUGUAGCAUUUAAAUUUUUUUUCAAUUUUCCAUUUUUCAAAAAUAGUUUCUGCUUUGUUAAUAUUUACACACAGGCUACUUGUUGAAGUAAGUAAUUAAAUAUAUAACCAAGUGCCUAAGUCUUUCAGCUGAUGUACUAGAUAUUAAAUUCUCCUAAGUUAUGCAGAAUCGUUUUUACAAUUUUGAUAAAUUAUGCACUAAUGUAAUGGCAGUUUUUUAAAAUGCAGAUUUAAGCCUGUACAUUAUGAAUCUGAUGACUUGGCAAAAGAAUCAGGUGCUUUCAGCUUUCUUGAGAAAACCCUGUAUGUAGUGUUUGCACUGACUAACAAGAUGGUAUUGCUGGGUUUUUAAUUUAAACUAAUUAAUUUGGAUGUUCAUUGCAUUAUCUUGGUUAAAUAUUGUUUAUUGUUACUUCAUGUUGGGGUUUAAUUUUCCUUGUUUUUCUGACUGUUAGGUUGAUAAGACUAUGAACCAUGUAAUAAUAGAACAUUGGCUAACCUUUAUUCAUACUUAAAAACAUGAAUAAUUUCUGCCCUGCUAAAAUGUGACUGAAAAGUGUUUUGACUUGGCAGCUGAAAGUAUGCAGUAUGUUCAACCAGCCAGGCUCCAGGUUUGUGGGAGGUAUUUUAUUGAAACCUAAAUUUCAGUCAACAUUUGAAAACAAAAGCUGGGCAUUCCUUCUGGGUGAUCUUACCUAUAGUUUGUGUCUUUGUUUUCCCCCCCAUUUCUUUAAGAUUAGUUUGACUUUUAUUAUUAUUUUUAAUUAACUUCUGUGAAGUUGUUUACUCUGAAAAUUGUACUGGAAUAUUUUAAGCCAAGCUGAUCUUUCACCAGGUGUACUGUAUGUAAGGGCUUUUCCUGCUAGCAAGAUGCUUAAACAGGAUCAUGUUAUUGGUCGUCUGAGCUAUUUAGUUGUUUUACAAAACCACAGCAUUGUAUCAGAUAAGAUUUUGAUAAAAAGUUUUGUGCACAUUUCCAGGGGCGGGAGGGUUGACAUUUCCCUGAAAUUUCUUGAUCAGAAUGAGUAAAUACUGGUGUUUGAUACCUGUCUUAAUGAACAUGCUCAUAAGGUGACUGAUAAGUUGUAAAUAUACCUGAGAAACAAAGGGGUAGUUUUGAUAUUCUGGUGUCAGUAUGGAAGAUCUUACACAUUUAUUUAAUACUCAAAUGUAUGAAGAUGUUUGUUUGUAGCAUAACAGCACAGUAGCCUUGACUUAGUUUCCUUGGUUAGUACUGUACCUUUUUGCCAUGGCCAGUGCCCCCAUCCCUACAAAGACAUUUUAUUUAUUUCACUCUGUAACCUGAAAUGAAUAGGAACAAGAGUUUUAAACCAUGUUACAUUAACUUAUUUCCGACAUUAUAAAUUAGCCUAGGAUAUUACAGGAACGUGAUUGUUAUAUAAUUUAUAUCAGAACCUUUCUAUAAAUAUGCGCUUAUUACAUUUGAAAUGCUUCCAAUGUACUUUAUUUGCUGUUUGUAUUUCCAAAAAGGAUAUGCAAACCAGUAUGUCUAUUUCAUGGAUAUUUAAAUAGUGAGAUCUUCCAUGUUGAAGGUAAUGUAUUUUUUUUUAAGAUUUUAAAAUUGCUAUUUUGUUACAAAAUAGAGACCUAUUAACAGUUUGAGAGCUCCUUAUGUGCCCUCAGGGAAAGAACCCUCUGUGCAACAGAACUACGCAAAACAUCUUCAGCACGUUCUGAGGGUGAAUAUAUACUACAUAAAUUGAUCUUGUGUAUUUAACCUUAUCUUUUUAAUUUUAAAAUUGAAGUUUUGAAACUUGGUUGUGCUCUGCUGGAGGGGGUUGGGAUAAACUGCUUAGGUGUUUGCCUACUUGUCCAGUGAAAUUACAUUUGCAUCAGUGUAUGUAUAUACCUGCCAACUUAUUGGUAUGUCUCAGAACAUUUAUAUUAAAAUAAUGCUUGUCUUGCAGCAGGUGAUCCCAUAAAACAGUAACUCCCUGUUCUUAAAAACUUACUCUCUUCCUCACUAACAACAUAGGAAUUAUUUCUAUGUUGGGAUUAUUCGGUAUUGCAUCCUUUAUGUAGUGAUCAUCUUCUGUUUCUCAUGGUGUGUUGGAUGUGAAAUAAAGACAUUGGUUCUCUGCCACUUGAGAAGGAAGAGCAGUUUAUCUGAUCCGUCUUGUGAAAGGUACCUAAUGAUAUCAUAGAGGAAAAAAUUACAAAUCGGACCUAGAAUGUGACUUUUUAAAAUAGGGGGCAUUCCCUGUCAUUUGACCCUUUACCAACAUGUUGUGAUGCACAUAUGUUUGAAGUCAAAGGAUAUAAAGCAAUAGGAGAGGAAGUUUGUAAUGUUGUCAACUAGACUGCAUAUGUGGUGUAUGGUCUAAUAAGGAAAAAGUAAUCCGAGGUCUGGAAAGUGGGAAAAUGGUGAGGUUUUUGUUUUGUUCUCACUUUUUGUGUUUUUAAAAAUUUCUAAGUCCCAUUCUGAAGACCAUGUGCCUCAUUCAGAUACUAUGAUGUAGCAUCAGUAGUUCUUUCUUUGUGGUCCCAUUUCAUCUUACGAAUCCUGAGAAAGUUACUUAAGUAUGUCAUCUAGUCGGUAACUGAACAAAGCAGAUUCCUUUGCCUUUCCUGCCAUGACUUACUUUCAAUACUAUCUAGUAAACCAGCCUCAUGCAUGAAAGUUGUGCAUCGUAAUUUUCAAGAGAAGGUACUUCAGUGGGUCAGUGGCACUGAUGUUUUUCCUAGUAACUGUUUACUCUCACAAGAGAAUAGUAAAAGAAACCUAUACUAGAACUGAAAUUUUCCAUUUGUAUGGAUCUGGUGACUUUCACUCAAGUUUCAAGUUGAUUCUAAGUUUAUAAAGCACAUCCCAAUUUUAUAUGCUGCCUUGAGAAAAUUACUGGAUGCACAGUGAUUUGUAGGAAUUUAAAAUGGGAUCAUUUAAACAUUUGAAAACAUUGUUUUAAAAACCAUCUAGCUUGCUUUUGCAUUUUAGAUGUUAAAGCCCAUGUUGUCUUGUUAACAGGGGUGGCGUUUGUAAUGAUCAGAUUCAGCAUGUGAUUUCAACUUUGAAUAUUUCUUCCCUAGCUUCUAGAGUCAUUUUCUGAGCAGACUGUCACCAGUAUUGGUGACUAAUCAUUCAAGGGGAAAGUUGCAUUGCAACUAUGCAUUAGUUUACUGGAAGAACUUUCCCUGUGUUUUAGUGAAUGAAGAGUGUUAAUGGGAUCACUUACUGUAACUCCUUCUACAUAAGAACCCCUUCUGCAAGCAGAACACAAAUGAACAUGCUCAAGGAGUAUCUCAUUUUCUGGGUAAAUUGAAUAAAUUUGCUAGUUACUCCUUUAUAGUAGUGGUUUCUUUGUAUCCCUUUGCUGGCAAGGGAAUACAAGGAGUCAAGGCCACCAAUCAGACACACCCACAUUUGAGUGGAGUCCUGUUUUUACUCCAAGAGCAGUUAUUCCCCCAAGUCUGAAAUUGGCAGUUUUUUUCUUUUUUUAAAUAAAAAAAUUUAAAUAUCCUUAAACCAGUGGAACACAGACACUGGCUGCACUUAGUACUGCCAAAAGCCAAGGUCAUUUGCAUAUAUUCCAUCAAUCUGUCAAGAAUUAGGCCUCACUUUAUAACCCAAGGCAUGGAAGUGCAUGCAUUCUCUUAGCUGGGCAAACAAUUAUACUGUAGUUGUGAUACAACACAUGUGGCUUUUAUUUGUACUGCACAUAUCCACUGUACAGCCACUUGGGAGUAUCGUGGUUAGCUUGCAGCAACUGCUGUCUGCAUUUAUACUGUUUAUUGCAUAUUCUUUUCCCUGGAAGUGAAAGAGAAAUGUUUUUCUUGUUGCAUUGAUUACAUUUUAUAAAUUUGCUUAGCUGGAAAGUUUGGGAAAAGAGGCCUGUUUGUCAAUUGUACAACCGAUUGUGAAGCUCUAGUGUGAAUAUUUUUACGUCUGUAUUAGACAUUUUCUUUGCAAAUCUAUUGUUCGAUUGAAAUGUAAAUGAAAUUAAAGAUGGUGUACACCCAUCAUGUAAAAAGCAGGCACCAUCUCUAAGAUGGAUUUAAUGCUCAUUUUUAAGGCAUAUACUCAGCUUCUAUUUAAAACUAUAAUUUAAAAUAAUUCUGUACAAUGAAACGGGGAAUAUAUAUGGGAAUAAAUUCUAUUCCAUUUAUUUCAA